AUUUAAUUCAACCUUUGGACCGAAGUGUAAUUUAGUUUAAACUUCGAUAUUUUGUGCAUAGAGGUAGCACUAAACCCAAAUUCAAACAUAACCUCAGACUGAGUGAACUUGUACAAAUUCCAAUUGGCCAAUUGUGUUUUUAUAACAUGAGUUUUUACAAAGCAGAAAUAUCCGAUAUUUUACGAGCGAACCAACGCGACAAUGACUUUAUCAACGAAUUACAAGAAUAUAUGACUGAUUUAGUAAAGCUCCUUACCGGAUCAGGACAAAACUAUAAUAAAAUUCGCCAACUAAUUCCACUUUGCACGAAUGCCUGGUACUACCUAUUAACGUCCGUAUCAAAUCUUCAGACCCUGGGUGAGGAGUAUACAGGCACAAUUAGGGUCAGCCCUGACAAUGAACUCAUCUCACAAUUCGGGCAACUUCUCUGGUUAUGCCUUUAUGUUGGAGGAAAUCAAAUGUAUGAUAGGGCUCUGGUACAUAUUGGAAAGACUGUUCAUCAAAACAGAGAGCUAACAGAGGAUGCAAAAAAAUCCUUCUUGAAAACUUGUGAUUUUCUUAAAGAGAACAAGUACAUUUUACUCCGCUUACAUCACUCCAUAUUUUAUAUUUUUGGGACCUAUCACAGUGUUGCAAACAGACUAACUGGUGUCAAAUAUGUUUUAUUGAGGCAGUGGAUGCAGGAUACAACUGCCACAACAAGUUUCAAUAUUCUGGGGUAUAUAUCUUUGAUAUAUUUAGUCUAUUUAUUGGCAGAGAAGAUUAUGUCUGCUUCCAAAACUUCCUACACUUAUCCGACUGUGGGUUCAGGUAGUGUCUCCUCAAAAGUAUGUGUAUUAUGUGCAGAUAAUUGCAAAAAUGUAAGUUGCACUCCAUGUGGCCACUUGUUUUGUUGGGAGUGUAUUUAUGAUAGUUUGAAAUAUCAACCCAAUUGUCCAAUGUGUAGAGAAGAGAUCAAACCAAGCAGGAUAAUUCCAUUACAAAACUAUUGAUAAUGUUCUAGUUUGUAAACUAUAAGACUGGUGUUUUGUUAUUAAAAUUUUCGUAUUGUUUUA